AAAUAACUUUAGUCAUGGCUGAAAAAAUUGUGCUGCAUUAUUUCAAUGGCAGAGGCAAAAUGGAAUCAAUCCACUGGCUUUUGGGAGCAGCAGAUGUGGAUUUUGACGAGGUCUUUCUGACAACACGCGAACAGUACGAGAAACUCCUCAGCGAUGGAGAUCUCAUGUUUCAGCAGGUUCCAAUGGUGGAAAUUGACGGCAUGAAGCUCAUUCAGACAAAGGCCAUCUAUAAAUACAUAGCAGAGAAGUACAAGCUUCAUGGGAAUGAUCCCAAAGAGCGAGUCAUCAUCGACAUGUACUCAGAGGGCUUGAUGGAUCUCAUGGAGAUGAUAAUGAUACUGCCUUUUACCGCAGAUGUGAAGGCAAAACUGGACAAUAUUGAGAGCAAAGCAAAGGAGCGCUACCUUCCUGUGUUUGAAAAGGCACUGUGUGAGAAAGUUCACCUGGUGGGCGGUAGACUGACCUGUGCAGAUGUGCUCCUGUGUGAGUGCACAAUGAUGCUGGAGGAGAAAUUUCCUGGAAUCUUGGCUGAUUUUCGCAACAUCAAGGCUUUCCAGGGCAGGAUGACUCAGGUGCCUGCAAUCAAGAAAUUCCUUUCGUCAGGGAAGAGGAAGCCGCAGCCAGAUGAAGAGUAUAAGAGGACCGUCCAAAACGUGUUCAAGAUGACCCUUCUUUUGCCGUGAAACUUGUUCUACACCUAUGAAUGUCGUCAUGCACAAUGUAGAAGAUGCAGACC